AUGAGAUCAAGAUUUAAAGUAAUAGAAGAGGAAUGUAGCAAGUUUUCCUUCCUUUGGUCUUUACAGAAAUCUCAAACAGACCAAGAACUAGGUUUAAAAGCUGAGAAUCUGGCUAAACUUUACCCAGAAGACUUAUGUAAAAACGAAUUUUCUGAUGAAGUUCGGCAUUUUUUUUCCGUAAGAAGAAAUAUUCUAGCCAGCGAAAAGCCUGUCGAACUUCUAAAUGAAGUUUAUGCAAAGGGGCUGCAUUCAAUAUUUCCGCAAGUGUGUGUUUCUCUUAGAAUCUUUCUAACAUUGCCCGUUUCAACAUCUGAAGGAAAAAGAUCUUUCAGCAAGUUAGCUAUCAUCAAAGAUUAUCUUCGUUCCACAAUGGGCCAGGAGCGAUUGUGCUACUUGAUGAUCCUUUCAAUCGAAUCAGAUUUAGCCAUUAACGUUAAUUAUGAAGAAGUUAUUUCAAAUUUUGCUGCUAAGAAGGCCCGGAAGAUGUGUUUGUCAAUUAAGAAUUGA